UCAUCGAAAGCGACAGAGAGAGAAAUUAAAGAUAACAAAUAACGAUCAUGAAGCUCGUCUGGUCGCCGGAAACUGCUUCUAACGCUUACAUCCACACCGUUAGAAAGUGUAAAAGCUACAAAGAAUCAAGUGUGGCCGAGUAUUUAUCAGCUACGGCGGCUGGAUGGAACACAAGGCUGAUCGUGGAGACUUGGAAACGUGGAGACCCUAUCGCCACCAGUGUCGGACUAGCUGUAGCGGCCAUACAUACCAGGGGAAGACACAUAUGCAUAGUUCCUGACGAGGAGUCAAGAUUGGAGUACGAGACCGUGAUGAAAGGAGCCGUCGUGAGCGAAGCGACGGAGAUAGUGGUCGGAGACUCGGUGGAGGACGUGGUGGAUAGACUCUCCGGCGUGGACUUCUUGGUGGUGGACUCAAAACGAAGCGAGUACGUCAAGGCGUUGGGGUUAGCGAACACGAGCAAAAUGGGUGCCGUUUUGGUGUGCAAAAACGCCACGCAGAAGUCUAUCCCUGGGUUUAAGUGGCACCGUGUUUUGAGACGAGGCACACGUGUUGUAAGAUCGGUGUUUUUACCCGUCGGGAGAGGGUUAGAUAUCGUACACGUGGGAGCUAGUGGUGGUGGUGAUUUGAAGAAGGUUCAUAGCCGUUGGAUUAAACACGUCGAUCCUCGGUCAGGAGAAGAGCAUCUGUUCAAACGCAAAUAGAAAAUAAUCUGGGUAAUAAGACCAUUUAAAGGAUAAAAAUUUUAAGUUCCUUUUUAAUGAUGUAACUAGUAAGCAAGAACGU